AUGGGGCGGUCAAAAGUAACAACGGCAGAGCAAUACGAAAAAUUGUGUGAUAUGAUGGCCACGAAAAGAGAUAUUGCGCAGGGCUUCCAAAAACCACCGAAGGAAGAAGUACAGGAGUUUUGGGAGGAGGUUGCAAGGAAUUUAAAUGCACUUGGCCCACCAACAAAAGAUUCCAAUACAUGGAGAAAGGUCUGGAUUGACUGGAAAUGCUACAUGAAGCGAAAAUUAUCGCAUAACAAAAAAGAAAGGAUGAGCACCGGUGGAGGUCCUUGCCAUUUACAACGCUUAAGCCCACUUGAAGAAAGUGGGGCCCGCGAUUAUGGCGAUAGUGUGGAGGUAGAAGAACUUGCCGAAACCACUGAAAUGGACAUUUCCGCUCGUUCGGAUGAUAUCCCUUCAACCAGUAGAGCUAACAGCCAAAAUAGAGAGGUGAGAGCAGACAAGGAGAGCACUUCUUCAUUACUUAAGCAACAGAUACAAAAUCAAAAAGAAUUUUAUGCAGAGACGAAAAAAUUCAAUGAAGCUGCCUUUGGUAAAGUGGAAGAAGUUACUACAUAUUUACGGCACAUGAAUCGUUCUCUAGAAACUUUGGCGGAGACUGCAGUGAAGCAACUUGAAGAACAGAAGCGACACAAUAGAAUUAAGGAAGAGCUGGUGCAGGAAAAAGUAGAAAUAAAAAUGCAAAUGCUAAGAUUAGAUCCAUCGAUGCAUUGCUCUCCUCCUCAAGUAAUAUCGCUGCCGCUACUGAUUCCAUGUUAG